AUGAAACUGAACAUCGGACUGCCUACCGACGGUAUCCCAAACCGGGGAUGGCAACUAUGGACAACCAGCAUCGGAAUGGUAGUUGGAGCUGCCAUCUUUGUUUUCCUCCGACUGGCCACAAGAUGUUUCCGGGCCGGAAUAAAGGUUGACGACUGGACCAUCCUGGUAGCACUGGCAUGCUCGAUCGCGCUGACCGUGGCCGAAAAUAGUGGACUUGCUGAUAGAUCGAUCAUCCUAGCCGUGGCAGAGGGGUAUGGGAAACACGACCAGGACGUUUCCACGGAGCAUCGCAUCAGGGCGUUGAAGUGGUUCUUCGUCGCGCAAGUGUUCUACAAACUGGUCAUCUCCUUGUCGAAAUGCUCGAUUCUCUUUCUCUACCUGCGAAUAUUCGCCAUCGAGAAGUCGUUCCGUUGGGCGUGCAAGGCCCUGAUCGUGUUCAACAUCUUGGUCGGAAUUGCUUUUUGCUUCGCAACCGUCUGGCAAUGCCAUCCAAUGGAGGCGUUCUGGGACCCAAGUAUCUCAAGCAAGACUUGCAUUGAUCACUUUGGAUUCUGGCUGUCGUACUCGGUCAUCAACAUCACUUCCGACUUCAUAGUCUUGGGUCUACCAAUCCAACAGGUUGCUCGGCUGCAACUUCGAAAAGAGGACAAGGUCGCGCUGAUACUCGUCUUUGGCCUUGGCGGCUUUGUCUGUAUCAUGAGCAUCAUUCGAGCAACUACCAUCGCCGCGUCAGCUUCAUCGACAGACGCCACCUCUCUUCGGAAUGAGGCCGGCAUGGCGGUGGUUUUAUACAAGCUGACGCUGAUCCAAGGGAGCCCUAUACCAGCCACGAUAUGGAGCGUUGUUGAGUGUAACACCGGUAUCAUCUGUGCCUGCACACCGAUGAUCCGUCAGCCACUGUCUUUCCUGUUCCCUCGAGCGUUCGUGCCAUUGGCACAGGGGGGUUUGAAUGCUCCGAUUCCUCCCAAGGCACGCGGCAGCACUGCCCUUGCACGAUAUUCCUACGAACCCCCACUCGUCACAAGCGCCAGUGCGCCAUGGGACAGCGAGGAGCAACUCCAUCCAGCCAAGAAUAUUCAUGGGACGAACGGUGCCCAACAGUCUACGGCCCGAGCCUAG